GUACCUUUUCUAAGGUCUCUUCUUUUCUGUGUAAUACAAGGAUGUGUGUCCAGCUUCAUAAGCAGUAGAGGUGAUGCUGAAGCUUCAGCAUCUUUCCUGCAGUCGGGAUGUGGUAUCAGACCGCUUUGCUGAUGUUCAUUUUCCUUCAAAGUCUCCAACCUCUGCAGCAGUCCAGACAUUACUCACCUAACAUUUAGAGAAACUGGUUGUUUCAAGAAUUUACCUAACUUUGCACCCCGAUGCCUAGUGAUGGGAAAGUUUAUUUUGUUGAGUAAAGCUAAAACAUUUUGAGAAAUUUCAGGAUACAGCAGAAGCAUUAGCAGGGUUUGUUCCCCCCCAUGUGAUGAGAGGUGAGAAGUGGUUAAAUUGAUCUCCCUGUGGAAACCAACAGCAUAAUGCUGAAGCACAAUUCAGUAAAAGCUGUACUGCAAGGGACCAAGCAUUCACAGCUCUGAUGGAGGGCAAAAUCAAUAAGCAGCUGAAGAAAGUUCUGAAGAAAAUUGUAAAAGAAGCCCAUGAACCCUUGGCUGUAGCUGAUGCUAAACUAGGAGGGGUCAUAAAGGAAAAGCUGAAUCUCAGUUGUAUCCAUAGUCCUGUUGUUAAUGAACUUAUGAGAGGAAUCCGUUCCCAGAUGGAUGGAUUAAUCCCUGGUGUAGAACCACGUGAAAUGGCAGCUAUGUGUCUUGGAUUGGCACACAGCUUGUCCCGAUACAGAUUGAAAUUCAGUGCUGAUAAAGUGGACACCAUGAUUGUUCAGGCAAUUUCCUUGUUAGAUGACUUAGAUAAAGAACUAAACAACUAUAUUAUGCGGUGUAGAGAAUGGUAUGGCUGGCAUUUCCCUGAAUUAGGAAAAAUUAUUUCGGAUAAUCUGACAUACUGCAAGUGUUUACAGAAAGUCGGCGAUAGGAAGAAUUAUGCCUCAGCCAAACUUUCUGAACUACUGCCAGAGGAAGUUGAAGCAGAAGUGAAAGCAGCUGCAGAGAUAUCAAUGGGAACAGAGGUUUCAGAAGAAGAUAUUUGCAAUAUUCUGCAUCUCUGCACUCAGGUAAUUGAAAUCUCAGAAUAUAGAACCCAGCUCUAUGAAUAUCUACAAAAUCGAAUGAUGGCCAUUGCACCAAAUGUUACAGUCAUGGUUGGGGAAUUAGUGGGAGCACGGCUCAUUGCUCAUGCAGGUUCUCUUUUGAAUUUGGCCAAACAUGCAGCUUCUACGGUUCAGAUUCUUGGAGCAGAAAAGGCACUCUUCAGAGCCCUCAAGUCUAGACGAGAUACCCCCAAAUACGGUCUCAUUUAUCAUGCUUCACUCGUAGGCCAGACAAGUCCGAAGCACAAAGGAAAGAUUUCUCGAAUGCUGGCAGCCAAAACUGUUCUGGCUAUUCGGUAUGAUGCUUUUGGUGAAGACUCCAGUUCUGCGAUGGGAGUUGAGAACCGAGCCAAAUUAGAGGCCAGGUUGAGGACCUUGGAAGAUAGAGGGAUAAGGAAAAUAAGUGGAACGGGAAAAGCAUUAGCAAAAACAGAAAAAUAUGAACAUAAAAGUGAAGUAAAGACUUAUGAUCCUUCUGGUGAUUCCACACUGCCAGCCUGUUCUAAAAAACGCAAGAUAGAACAGGUAGAUAAAGAAGACGAAAUUGUUGAAAAGAAGGCCAAAAAAGCCAAGGUUAAAAUUAAAGUUGAAGAAGCCCCAGUAGCAACAGAGGAAGAAGAAGAAGAAGAAGGAGUACUAGUGGUAGAAGAACAGGAGACAUCUGUGAAGAAGAAGAAAAAGAAGGACAAAAAGAAACAUAUCAAGGAAGAACCACUUUCUGAGGAAGAACCAUGCACCAGCACAGCAAUUCCUGUAUGUUUGUUUUUAAUACUUUGUUGGCACAGGCCGGGUUUCUAUUUUAUUGAACUAUUAGAAAUGAGCAGGCAGUUGAGGUGGUUUUUAUUGAUGGAACAGUAAAAUAAAAAUGAUAUUGUUGUAAAAAGGCCAAACCUAAAAUCUUACUACAAAAUGGGUUUACUUUGAGGAAGAGAGAAUAUAACUUGAUACAGAUUUUCAGAGAGGUGAUUUUUAUAUUUUUAGGUCUUAAUCGUUCACCAAAUUUGUUUUUGAGGGAAAUUGAUCUACUUCGCUUCUUAUAAAGUUACUGUCCCUCACCCAUACAUUUACAGCGCUUUCAAAAGCAUUCUUAUUUGUUACUUUCAGAGUCCAGAGAAAAAGAAGAAAAA